GGAUAUGGUGGCCAGACGAAACCAAUCUUCCACAAGAAGGCGAAGACCACCAAGAAAAUCGUCCUUCGACUUCAAUGCCAGACAUGCGAGCACGUAACGCAGCAUCCUAUCAAGCGAUGUAAGCACUUCGAAAUCGGAGGCGACAAGAAGGGCAAGAGCACGUCUCUGUUUUUAAUGAGUAGUUAUCGUCCGACGUCGAAGAUGGUCGCAAGCAGUUUCACUUGUUCUGUGGCAGCUAUGGCUGCAUCCAACAGUAAGUGCUUCAAUUGCGGUGGGGAAGGACACUUUGCAAGGGAGUGUCCUUCGACCCGGAGUGCCCCUUCGACGCAAGGAAACAAUUCCACAGGUGGCCAGGUGGCACCGCGUUUCUGGGCUCCGCGAUGGCAACCUGAUGAUAGUAAUGAAGAGUGUGAGUUUUUGAGGCAACUAAUUAGUGAAAAGGAGAAGGAGCAUUUACGGAGGAAGGAGUUGAAAGAAAGGAGAAGGUUUGAUGAGAUGAUUAAGCAAGAAAUUGAGAGGAAUUCUGAAGCUUUGGAGGCUCUUGUCAUGUCUAAGAUAGGACGGCAGUAUCUCGCGGCUAAGGAAGAGGCGAGGGUGGAGGAAUCACGGGUUCCGCUUUUCCGUACGCCACGAAGUGCUCCGAGAGAUAGGGGUGUUUCGGAUUAUGCUGACAAGGGUCUGGAAGAAAUUGAAGAUGAGAUCGCCAAGUUAUAUGAAAUCCGGGAGAGAAAAAGCAAGGGUAAGGAGCAAUUGGAGGGGGAGGGCAGGCGACCAUUUAGGCAACUGGUUUUCCGACGCGAAGGAUCGGUGGUCGACUCCCCGCUGCCAGGGGAGUCAUCAAGGAUGGGGGAAGCAAGGGGCCGGACGAAGAUCGCUGCAGGAAGCGGCCCAGACGGUUUUUUGGCGUAAGUACUGGCCAGAGGCGACUCCUCACGCCCAAGACAAAGGACCAGCUCAAGGCCAUAUGUGCACAAGAAG